AUGACAGGAAACGGAAGUGAUACGACUAAUGUCGAAGCGACUGUCGCCGAUCAACUGGAAGCUCUGACUGCCAGGAUGAACGAGACGGUGCAGAAGCUGACGCAGAUGGAGGCCGAUAACGCCAGACUACGGGAGGAGAACGCUUCGCUGAUGACAGCAGGGAGAGUUUUUACCGAAGCAAGCUCUAGGUUUCGCGGCGUGAAUCGGAUGCAAGACUUUAACUCAAUGCCUAGAACCAAUAAUCAAACACCCACAACGGAUGAUGCUCGGCUGGAGACUCCUCGUCAGGAUGUGAACAGCGGAGGAAACCUUGACACAAGGCAGGCACGUGAAAGCCUUACCCGAGAAGACAACUUGGAUCAACAAGGAGUUGUCAACACACCAGGCAUAACAGGAAUCGAACAUGAGCCAUAUACCAAGUCAUCUGAAGCCGCUUACUUGGAAGCUUUGAUCACAAAACGACUGGGUGCAGUAGAAGCUAUGAUUCAACGACUACCGGGAGUGGCUCCACCGAUUCGGAAAAGCAACUUGCACUCUUAUGCUGAUACACCGUUCUCUGAUGAAAUCGCACUCAUUGAGAUGCCGAGAAAAUUUAUGCUACCAACAAUGAAGAAGUAUGAUGGAACAUCCUACCCGGAUGACCACAUAGCUCAAUACAAACAACGAAUGUUCACGACGGCUAUCCAGAAAGAGUGUAGGGAGGCGACUAUGUGCAAGGGUUUUGGCUCAAGUCUCACGGGAGCUGCGCUUCAGUGGUUUACCAACUUGCCAAACGGCUCAAUAAAUUCGUUUGCAUCAUUGACAGAUGUUUUUGUUGAACAAUUCGCAAGCAGCAGGAACCUCGAAAAAAUAGCAGAUGAUCUGUAUGAGGUGCGACAGAAGAGAGAUGAGUCAUUACGUGCCUAUGUGGGACGAUUGAACAAGGAGAAAGUGUCAAUACCGAGUUGCAACAUAUCUACUGCCAUAUCGGCGUUCAAAAGAGGUUUACUCCCAGAUGGCGACUUAUACAAAGAGCUAACCAAAUACCAAUGUAGGACGAUGGAGGAUGUACUCUCACGUGCAUGGGCUCAGAUUAAAUGGGAAGAAGACUCGGCUUAUCACCAACGACGUUCGCCACGGUCUGAUUCCCGCGUUGUGAGAAACAAAAAGUCAAGUAGGGAUGACAAGCCUUACCAAAGACCUAAGGACGAGAACGGUAAGAGUGGAAGAAGGAACACGCAUCGACUAUUGAGCGGAGCAGACGACGUGAAACCAAGGUCAUCAACAUGGCCAGAUAUCAGUAACCUUUCAAUUUCACAUGCACACUUGGUCGGUGUAUUGAAGGAGAUGGGUGAAAACGUGAGAUGGCCUCCAAAGAUGAAGGCACCUGACAACAAGCGUAACACCUUAAAGUGGUGUGAAUUCCACAAUGAUCACGGCCACAUAACAGAAGAUUGCAUCUCAUUGAGGAUGGAAGUGAAUGAGCUCAACAAACAAGUCGCAAUUGCCAACGGUCCGGUUUCACCUCCAAAACAUGAUCGAGUUAUCAAUGUUAUCUCUGGAGGAUCGGAAAUAAGUGGGAUAACUCAUUCAGCUGCAAAAAGAAACACCAGAGCUGUCAAAAACUCUCAAAGCAAAGGGCAAGCUACGCAAGGCGACAUGCCAGAGUGCACAAUAACUUUUGCAAUGAGUGAGAGCAGCGUAUCAACCCCGCAUCACGAUGCGUUAGUCAUACAAUUGACAGUGGCUAAUUGCUUAGUGAAGAGGAUAUUAAUCGACAACGGAAGCUCAACCAACAUCAUUUAUAUGCAAGCAUAUAAAGAGUUGGGUCUCGACGAAAAAGGAUUGACACGAAAAUCUAUCCCAUUAGUUGGAUUCAGUGGCGAGGUCAAGCAGAGUGUUGGUGAAGUGACACUUCCAGUGUAUGCUGAGGGAGUUAACAAACACACGAAGUUUUUAGUAGUGGAUUGUGCUUCGGCUUACAAUGCCAUUAUGGGGCGCCUUUGGAUUCACGACAUGGGUGCUGUCCCAUCGACUCUACACCAGAUUAUCAAAUUUCCCACCCCAUGGGGAGUGAAAGAGAUAGCAGGGGAACAAGAGAGUUCACGCUUGUGUUAUCAGACUACCUUAAAGGGUAAAGGUCAACAAUUAUAG